UUCAUAUUUAUGUGUGUUUAAACUAAACUUUCUCGACCAUUUACACUGCUUUUUUAAGGUUCAAUCAGCUUCCGAGAGGGCUCCAAUGGCGGAAGCGAUUCACGAAACCCUAACCUCCAAGGGAUGGCGCUUCAGGGACUCUGACGAGGUGUUGUCGCUGAUCCCAUGCAAACCCUCCCCCGUUUCAGUCGAUUCCGUAGAAUCCGAGCUCCUGAACAUGGAUCUCAGAUCCUUUGGCGGGAAAUCGCUUCCUGAUCCUUCGUCCUUGAAGAAGUCAUCCCAUCUCCAGGGCCCCAAAGUCUUGCAGGUUGUUUCUGCAAGGGAUGUAUAUCAAAGCAGCAUCGGUGCUUCCUUUCAAACUCCAGGGCGCCAUCGUCGUCUUCUUCGAUUUGGUCUCACAGAUGGGCAUUCUGAAGUAACUGCAAUUGAGUAUUCACCUACACCGUCUAUCAACGAAGAGAUCAUUCCUGGAACCAAGGUCCUUUUAGGAAGCAAAAUACCAGUUCAUAGUGGUAUACUAUGCUUAAAUUCUACAGUGGUGACCAUAAUGGGUGGCCUUGUGCAAUCUCUUUAUGAAGAGUGGCAGAUGAGUAGAAAAUAUUCAGGAUUUUCUCGAUCAUCGUUGAGAUCACCCCAGGGUGAUGGUGAUGGUGGUCCUCCUCCAUUUGAGAAACUAAGAAUUGCAGAGCAUUCACAUCUUCGCAGUUCACAUGCACCUUUCAGUAGAAAUUCUGUUGAUCGGGAGCUGGGGAAGGAUCAGGUCCAUUUGAAUGUUGACAGAGACAAGCAAUCUGGAGACAGUAAGGUGGACAGGACCGUGGGAGAUUCAAAAGUGAAUUCUCUACCAAGUAGGCUUGAAGAGAAGCCUGGUAGCUCUGAGACUAGGCCAAAAGAAGUGAGUGAAGCUGUACCAGUUCAAAACCAAGCUGCUGCUAAGAAACUUCUGCAGAAAAUGAGUCUGGCAACACCUGAUCAUCGUCAAGGAAGGGGUCACAAACACAGAAUGAGGGGAAAGGAGGAGGAGGCCCCGGUUUAUACUCUAGAUGACUGGGAAAGGCGAAAAGCCAACAUCACUAAACCGGCAAUGAUGGGUCAAAAUCAAGAUGUGAGCCAAGAUGAAGAGCUAGCUUGGCAACUACAGAACCAAUUGGAUUUUGAAGAUCACCAUGGAAGCACAAGCAAUACGGAAGCAGAACAGAUAAGGAUGAGCAUGUUCAAUUUUGGUGGGUCACAAGGGGAGAGUAACGAUCGCAGAGAAUUCAGAGGAAGAGGGAGAGGGAGAGGAAGGGGUAGAAAAAGAUUUUAGUUUUUUCUAGGGUCUUUUUUAUAAUUAACUGGCUACGAUGACAAGUAAGGGCAUAGAAGCUCAUGUUCAUUCUUUUUUUUUGGUAAAUUUAUGGUUGAUAAUCGUUUUGGUUAUUGUGUUUCAAUUUGUAUUUUUUUUUAGCCAUUAGGUAUUAGAUAUUGAUUUAUUUUUUGGUCAAUUUUAAAUGACGUGAGAUUAGAAAAUGCCAAGUCGUUUUAUUU